AUGUCGGACCUACAAAGGCUAAUUACCCGUCGGAACGCCCUGAUGAUUCAGCUGAAGGAACUUGCUGCUAGCUUUCGGGAGACACAAGGAUCGAUCGAGGAGAAGCAGGAGAACCCCGAUGCCAUCGCAUCCGCCCACAACGUACGCAAGGAGUUCUUCGGUAUGUUCUACCGAGCCAAGGACGUUUUCGAAGGCUACUUGGACGAAUUCGACGUGGGAUCAUCGGUUAGCCAGCGAACAGCGGUCGAAUCGAGCGACUGGAAAGAGGCAUUUUAUCUGCUCAUCGAGACGCAGCGGAAGCUGCUGCUGGAUCAGGCAAGGACCACGAAAACCGUCGAAAAUCUUGCACAGCUGUCGAAUAGUGCCCCUCUCGAUGGAAGUCAGAUGCCGAAUUCGCUACCCCAGCUCGCCGUUCGAUUGCCUGCCAUCAACAUUCAACCGUUUAGUGGUGAACGUAAACAGUGGAUGACGUUUAAGGAUAUUUACGUUUCAACGAUCCACAACCGAGCCGACAUUUCGGAUGCGCUAAAGAUGCAGUAUCUUUUUUCGUACCUCGAGGGAGAUGCCAAGAGAUUGGUCAGCAAAUUUGCUAUCUCGGGCGCCAAUUAUCAAAAUGCGUGGGGCAUUUUGAUUGCCCACUUCGACAAGAAGCGCUACACCGUGUUUUCGUUGGUUCAUGAGUUCCUUGCUCAAUCUCCGGUAACCCAAGCUACUCCGCAGCCACUGGGCAGGCUGGUAACAACGUCCGACGAGAUCAUCCAACAGUUGGACGCGUUGGGAAACGACUUCACCGGCCGAGAUCCGUGGCUGAUUCAUCUUAUCCUGGAGAAACUGGACAAGGAGACGCGAGCAAGCUGGUCACAGGAAGUUGUCGACACCGAAAAUCCCACCUUCGAAGAUUUGUUGGAGUUUCUCAAGAAGCGUUGUGAGGUGCUGGAAACGUGUUCGGCGUUUUCGAAGAAACCAGUGAAUGAACUGAAGAAAGAAGCGGCCAAGCCGGUAGCAGAGAAGCUGAAGAUGCUGCAUACAACAGUGGACAAAAAGUGCGCGAAGUGCUCUAGUGAGCACAAUACGUAUCAGUGUGAAGACUUUAAAAACAUGAGUGUGAAGGACAGGCGAGAACUAGUGCAAAAGGCCAAACUCUGUUUUAACUGCCUACGACCCUCACAUUCUGUGAAAUCGUGUUCGUCGAAAACGGUAUGCCGCAAUAGUGAGUGUAAACAGCGCCACCACACGCUGCUGUGUCCGGUGGCGAAGAAGCCUGAUCAAGUGGUGGCGAAGAAACAGGAAGAAGAUCAGUCGCCGGAAGUACCUGCAAAGGAAGAAGGUGUCGUCGUUGCGUUGACAGCCGGAAUGGAACAAGGCGACAAGAAAUCCAUUUCGUUGCUACCCACGGCGGUAGUGAAAGUGCAGCAGGCGGAUGGUGGAUUCAGUUCGGCAAGGGUGCUGAUCGAUUCUGGGUCGCAGGCAUCACUACCCGCAUAG